UGCCCUAGCUAGCUUGUGUGUGAUGCAGGCAUGGUGGGGCUUUCUCCAUGUGUGUGUAUGCAUGGGCAUUACACAGGCCUGAAUUACAUAUGCCAGGCUAGACUGCCUUGCCCUGUGUGUACAAUUGUGUAGGCCUGGCUUGUUAUCUUCCAUGCAGGGCUAGUAGGCCUGUAUGUAGGGAAGGGCAUAGUGCACAGCUAGUUCCCGCCAUUACUGCUCACGUGUAUGUCCUUGUGUCAGUAGUGCUUAUCCGUGUGUCUGGCUGUGCUCUUUUGUAACCAAUUCAGUCUGGUUUGGCUGGUGUUUAAGCCCAUACUUAUUUUAUAUCCUGCACCAGAUUUUGCUGGAUGUUUUGAUUUGGACUUGAGUGUGGAUGUGCUAAUAUUCAGGAUUUUGAAAGAGACAUUUUGGUUGGGCGUCGGUUUUCAGAAGUACACCCAAUGUAUUGUUAAUGUUUCCCUGUGUAAGGCACAGUGCAUACAGGACUCUGCUGUUGAAUUAAGCCGGAAUAAGCAAUGCAUAUGGCCUGGUAGACAUUCGCGAAAGACUGGUUGCAGUAUCAUAAUCAGCCUGUAGAUUUCGAAAUCCUGCACUUAGUGUUUUGAACUUAAGCUGCGCCUUUGGCGGAAUCGCAGUCAUCAUGCGGGGUUCGGACAAGAAGACGCGCGCCGAUAAUUUCAGUGAGGAGGACAAAGGCUUGCUGUUGUCACUGAUCGCGGACCACGUGGCUGUCCUAGAAUGCCGUAAGACGGAUCACAAGAACAACUCGGCCAAGUACAAGGCUUGGGCGUCCAUCUCCAAGAAGUUCCACCGUCAGGCUUCGCACCCACGAAACUUCACCCAAAUGAAGGAUCUGUAUCGUCGCCUCAAGCUGAAAGCCAAGAAGGAAGUGGGUCUGUGGCUGAAGGCUUGUGCCGAGUCCGGCACCGGUAAACCCCUGCCUAGCUCCCAGGCAGUCCAGCCCGACGAUACCAGCCUCUGGGUUUACGACCUGAUCAAACCGUACAAAGAAGAACUGAACCCCGAGGAUGAAGAACAGGAAAAACUCCUAGCCGAGGCCAUCAAAGAAAGGGAUCUGAGUGAUUCUUUCCCGAAGACUGAUGAAGAUGACGGCGUUGACGAGGAUCACGAUAAUGACAUAGUUGUUGAACCUCCUUUGGACCCUGAGGUGGAGGAUGGUGAAGACAUAGAUGAGGAAGCUGAAGACAGUCCCGACGUCAGGGUCAAGGAGGAGCCAGACUUUGACUACAUCCCUCCCGUGGUCAUCAAAGCAGCCGCCGAGACACCCAGCGAGGUGGUGGAGGUCACGCCUAAGCCACGCCCAGAACGCAGCUGCGUCAAGACAGCUAGCCGGCAACGCUGGAGCCCUCCAACUGCACCCAGCACCUUCACCGAUCCUCGCCGUGGUCAAAAGCGCAGCCACCUGUGGGAUCCGGUUGCCAAGCGGCGUCGCGUCUUGCCUGCAUCGGAGCUGCGACGAAGCAGCAACGGCAUCCCACCAAGGCAGUCCAGGUACAGCAGCGUCUUCAACCGUCGCAGUCCCUGGGGCAACACCAGCAGCAUCUUCAGCCGUGAGCCGGCAUCAGUGUCCAACAGGCACCAGGACCCUAAGGAAGACUGCAUGGAGGGAAUGUCUGCCUAUGAAGAAGCCAUGUUCCAGCUUGCCCAGGCCGAACACAAGGCUAAGAUGCUGGUGCUGCAGACCCAGAGGAGGGCGGAGACUGCUAAAGAGGAGGCAUACAAGAUGAUUUGGCAGAACUCACAGCUGCAGCGGGAUCUACUGCAGUUGCAGUAUGAGAACGUGCUGUAGCAUCUUUACACCGAGCCUAGCUUGCCGCAAUAGACUGAUCCACUGAGCCCCGACCUGUGAUUUUUUUUACCAAUCACAACCAUUAUGUCCAACAUGCGUGGACAAUCGUUGGACAUGAAUGCACAAUGACGCAUCCAGUUAGAACUUGUAGUUUGGCAUUGGACAGG